AUGACUCUCUUUGACAAUGGACAAUUUCUCAAAUCCUUCACUGCCUCUUUGAACUUCUCAAGAUUUAUAAACCAAACCAAAGGCGCUGCUCUACAGAAAUCAAGUUAUGUCUAUCCGAAAUUUCAAUCCUCUAGAACAGAAAAGGCUAUGCAGAUUUCUGGGGUUUAUGUCCUGUGUGAUUGGACUAAUCUGUUAUGCGUUGAGUUCCUCUUUCAACCAUGUAUUUGGAGAGUGGAACUUCUUCAAGAUCACCCUUUACACCAUGAUCUUCUCAAUUUCUUCCUUGGAUGUCUAACUGUUCAACUUAUGGAGAUCAAUUUGAUACUCUUUAUCGUUGCUGCUAUCUUCUGCUAUUGUUUCGGGAUUCUUCGUUCUAAAGACUCUAACUCAGAGAUUGGAACAGUACCAAUGGAAGACCAAGCAACCAUAGAACUUGAUACCGCAGAUGGUGGAGAAAGAGAAGCAGAGGACAACAUUGGCCAACAACAAGUUCCGUUGUUAAGAAUGGUAGGUGAUGGUUACAAUUGGAAAAAAUACGAAGAUAAAGUAGGGAAAGGGAAUGAAAAUCAAGUAAGUUACUAUAAAUGCACACACCCCAAUUGUUAUGUGAAGAAAAAAGUUGGUAGAACUUUAGAGGGGAAAAUUGUUGAGAUCAAUUACCAGGGUACCCAUACACACCACAAGCUUAUGAAUAAUAUGAAGAGGAACUCUUCAUCUGAAUAUUUGUAUUCAGUGGUAACUUCAGAGUCUGUCACCAGUGACUUGCCAGAUCAAUCAUUGGAUCAGUAUCCAAAUGAAAUAUAAUUUAGCACUCUGCUUCUA